ACAUUUUUAUGAUUUCGUAAGAUUCGAGUUUAAAUUUUUCCAUAUAUAUAGUAAAUGCAAUAAUUGAAAUUUCAAUUUAUCGUUGAUUUGAUUAAGGAAGGAAGCUCGUGAUGCGAAGCAAAAUGAAGUUGGAUUCGUAAAUAGGUUACAAUAUAUACAUAUGUCGACCUAAUCAAAAUUUGCAAAUUGACAGUAUGUAACAAAAAUAAAACGAUGACAUUUAUAAAUUCCAAUGUAUAAAAAUAAGUUCUUUUUUUGAAUUUUAAUGAACGAAUAAGUAAGAUAGAAACAUGAGCGAGGAAUUGGCGCCCGACCCAACCCUUGAAGAAAUAUAUACAUGGAUCGAGCAAAUACAAUUUUCGAAACCAAAGAAAAAUCUUGCCCGAGAUUUUUCCGACGGCGGUAAUAAUAAUAAAAAUGAAAAGAAUUUCAUUCGUUCACAGUUUUUUUUAUUAUUAUUUUUGUUUUUUUUUUUCCUAAUUGGCUUUAAUGUAAAAACUGUUUUUUCUUCUUCCCUCCCUCUCCCCCCCAAUCGACAUCCAAUCCAUCCAGUUUUUAUGGCUGAAUUGUUAAAACGGUAUUAUCCUAAACACAUCGAUAUACAUAAUUAUGUUCCUGGAAAUAGCGUAGCGAAAAAAAUAGAUAACUGGUGUACGCUAAAUCGAAAGGUGUUGUCGAAGCUCGAUAUUAAAAUAGGAAAGGAUAUUAUCAAUAAAUUGGCAAAUUCGCAACCUGGUAUUAUCGAGAAAGUUUUAAUCGAAUUGCGGACAAAAAUUUUAAGAGAUUGUAACGCGGAAAGGAAUACGUUGUAUUCCGAGUAUCAGGAGAACGAGAAAACAGAAGUUGUUAAGUCAGUGCUCAAUACUGAAGAAGUAGCGAAUAAAACUGUUCCACGUCACGUUUUCGUUCGGUUGAAACAGGAAUUGGAAGAAAAAAAUGAAAUGAUAAAAAUGCUUCAUCAAAAGGUAUCUCAUCUCGAGUCGUUGAUCAAACUGAAAGAUCAAAGAAUUACAGAUCUUACGUCACAAAUAAUAAAACCUGUCGAGCAGAAUACACCAAGAUCUGUAAAUCUAAGUUCCACAUCUAAUGUUGUAUCGAAGCUUCGAACAAAAAUUAUAUAGAUAAUUAGAUUAUUUUUGAAACAAAUGUCGAAAAACAAAUGUUUUGAAAAAUAUUUUGAAUAACAGUGUACUUCAAAAAAUUAUAAUUAUUUAUAAACUUUUAAUUAAUAUAUCAUUUUAACAUAGUGUACCACAUCUUGAUUUGUUUUCUUUUUUCCAUAUUUGGAUUACAAUUUUUUAUAUUCCUAUCGUUACAGAUUCUUCUCAUCUAUAAUUAAAUCUAUGUUGGUUUGUCGUUAGAUUUUUGUCGACACACUUGUUAAAUGCUCGUUACAAAAGUUGAUAAAAUUGUAUCGACGUAAUAUUAUAUAUUACUUAUAUGUU